UCCUGUACAGGAUAUUGCAGCAUGAAGAAGGAGCAAGUUGUCAACUGUCAGUUUUCGGUUUGGUAUCCGAUAUUUAAGAAACAUACGAUUAAAAGUCUGAUUCUUCCACUGCCUCAGAAUGUAAUAGACUAUUUACUGGACGAUGGGACACUGGUAGUCUCUGGGAGUGACCACAACACACAGCAGACACAAACUAACAACAGCGACUCAGAUGCAGAGGAAGACAUUCAGUGGUCAGACGAUGAAACAACUACAACAGUCACUGCUCCUGAGUUUCCAGAGUUCACCUCUAAAGUGCUGGAGGCCAUAAACAGCCUGGGUGGGCGUGUAUUCCCUAAACUCAAUUGGAGCGCACCGCGGGAUGCGAACUGGAUUGCUCUGAACAGCUCCCUGCAGUGUCGCAGCCUCAGUGAUAUAUUUCUGCUCUUCAAAAGUUCCGACUUCAUCACGCAUGACCUCACGCAGCCAUUCCUUCAAUGCAGCGACCAGGACUCCCCAGACCCAGUCAUCAACUAUGAGCUGGUACUGAGGAAGUGGAGUGAGCUGAUUCCUGGCGGCGAGUUUCGCUGCUUUGUCAAAGAAAACAAACUGAUCGCUAUCUCCCAGAGAGACUACACGCAGUAUUACCAGCACAUCCUGAAGCAGGAGGAGCAGAUAAGCCAGGCCAUUCAGGACUUCUUCAGCCAGCACAUCCAGUACAACUUCCUGGAUGAAGACUUUGUGUUUGAUGUUUACAGAGACAGCCAGGGGAGGGUGUGGCUCAUCGACCUGAACCCAUUUGGAGAGGUGACUGACUCGCUGCUGUUCACCUGGGGCGAGCUGACGUCUGGAGAGGUCGCAGAGCAGCAGGAAGGCCCGGCGUUCCGCUACACAACCAGCGAGGUGACGGUGCAACCCAGCCCCUGUCUGAGCUACAGAAUUCCACGGGACUUUGUCGACCUCUCUACAGGAGAGGAUGCAUACAAACUCAUCGACUUCCUCAAGCUGAAGAAAAGCCAACAGGAAGAGUCUGAGGAGGAGGAGGAAGAGCAGGAGAACGCGCCACAGUGACAUCAGCGUCAUCGGCUCUCCAUAUAAAAUCUGCAUGAAGUGACUCUUCACCCUCUCUUCUGUUUCAGCACCAGUUCCUUCUACUUUUUUUUUUUUUUUAAUCUCAGAAUGGUACGCGGUGUACCCGGGAUUUCCUAAAUAGCUCCUUCACAUUAGUCGAAUGGAGCAUGUUAAAUUAGCAGAUCGUGUUACCCGUUCCUUAGGGACUCAUUUUCCUUCGACACUGCCUAGCGCCUUAUUGCCGAUCUUAAUAGAGGCCUCUGCCGUGUCCAGGAGUUGGUUAUUUCACUUUUUGUGGGGGCAGGGACUGUGUUACUGUAAAAUGAUGUAUUCAUUAACAAUGUAAAGAAUGUUUGCUUUUAUACUUUGAGCCUGUGCAGUAGUCUGUGUAUCUGUAUCACAUCUCAAAAACAGUCUCUCUUGGUUUGAAAUCAAUCUGAUCUCCACACACACACACACACACACACACACACACACACACACACACACACACACACACACACACACACACACACACACACACACACAAGUGUCAGUUUGUUUCUUUACCUAUGGGGCUGACAGACUUCUCUAUUUAACACUAAAGCCCUUCAUCACUGAGUCACCUUUAAUUUUCUUGCCAGAAAUCCCAGCUCCUCCGUCUUUCCCUGCCAAUUUCCUCUGAGCAGUUUUGACACAGUCAUUGCUCCCGGUGCUCAUUUGGAGUCCUGUUAUUUCUUUUUUUUCUCCCCUCAUCACGCAUCAAUGUAGACUGUUGCUCCAAAGAACACCAUUAAACUUCUUUGUCGUGUAUUGA